AUGGCCAAAAGGUUCAGGCUCAUUAACGUCAGGAUCAAAGUAGUAGUGAUCAGCGAGAGGCUUAGACAAUCUAUCCUCCGCCAGAACCUAACAAAUGUCAAUCUCAGACAUGGCUGCAUCUCCUGUAAAAAGGUGAAAACUCUCAUGAGCGCCUAUCAUACGUUAUGUGACGCCAUGAAUCAAGCCAACGCCUUUUACGGCAACCUGCUACUAGCCUCCAUAUUUUUUACAUUCAUAGACAUCACGGAAGUUCUUUACUUCUUCUUCAUUUAUGUGCACAAGGAAUACAAAAUUUUCCUUUGUAGUAUCGGAGCUUGUACCGUUUCCGACGCCAGUUUCCUGAUGCUGGUCGCUCUCUCUAGCUCUGGUGUCUCUGAGGCGGCCGGUGAGACUGCAUCGCUCAUCCGCAAGCAGAUCAACCUGGAAUUAAACUCGGAUCUGAGGGAACAGUUAAAGUCAUCUUUGCUGCAGUUGUUAAACAAACGCGUGGAAUUUUCUGCAGCAGGAUUUUUCCAGAUCAAUAAACAAACUAUAAUUUCGAUGGCUGCAGCUGUGACCACCUAUCUAGUGAUCAUGAUUCAGUUUCAGUCACAAUUCUCGUAG